GGCCGAUGCGGCGUCGCCGUUCCGGCCGCGGCCGCGUCCCCCGCACGCCCCCCACACCUUAAUUACCCGCGCCUCGCCACCAAAUCCCCCCUUGACUCCGGGUGCCGCGCCGCUCCCGUCCGUCUCGAUCGUCGCCUUCCAACCAAGAGGAGGAGCCGCGGCGAGCUACUACGUGCGCGGCAGGUCAGGUACAAGCGCGGGUACGCGCCCGCCAGCCCGGCCGCGCACUGACACGCGCGCGUGCUCCGGCCGGCUCCGGCCGGGACAGUACUGUUGGGUUUAUAAUACCCGGCACGGGCAUCAUCACCCGCGCCGCGCGCCGGGCGUCAGGAGCACAGAGGCAGCAGGUAGAGGGGGAGGGGAACGGACGAGCUCGUCGUCGGGUAGCGGAGGAACAGGAUGACCAGUGGCGGUGGCGCCGGCGCGGUGGCGGGGCCAGGCGCCGCGCUGCGGCUGCAGCACUACCUCAUCAUGGCCGGGGUGGCGGCCGCGGUCGUGCUCGCCUGCCUCAGGUACGCGCCGGCCGCCGCGGGGUACGGCUUCCUGGCCGUCGCGCCGCCGGCGGGGGCCGCCGGACGCCUCGCCCACGCCGCUGCUGGUGCCCGGCGGGAUACCCCACCGGCGCCGCCGCCGUCGCCCGUGGUGAUCUUCAACUUCGGGGACUCCAACUCCGACACGGGCGGCAUGGCGGCGGUCAACGGCAUGAACCUCAACCUGCCGGAGGGCCGGACCUUCUUCCGCCGGCCCACCGGCAGGCUCUCCGACGGCCGCCUCGUCAUCGACUUCAUCUGUGAGAGCCUGCAGACGCCGUACCUGAGCCCGUACCUCAAGGCGCUGGGCGCGGACUUCAGGAACGGCGCCAACUUCGCCGUCGGCGGGUCCACGGCGUCGCCGGGCGGGUCGCCCUUCUCGCUGGACGUGCAGCUCCACCAGUGGCUCUACUUCCGGGACAGAUCCAUGGAGAUGAUCGACCUAGGCCAGAAGCCCCCCAUCGACCGCGACGGGUUCCGAAGGGCCAUCUACACCAUCGACAUCGGGCAGAACGACCUGUCUGCUUACAUGCACCUGCCCUUCGACCAAGUGCUUGCCAAGAUCCCCUCUGUCGUCGCUCAGAUCAAGUACACCAUCGAGACCCUGUACGCGCACGGCGGCCGCAAGUUCUGGAUCCACGGCACCGGCGCGCUGGGCUGCCUGCCGCAGAAGCUGGCGAUCCCGCGGGACGACGACGCCGACCUCGACGCCCACGGCUGCCUCGAGACCUACAACGCCGCCGCGCGGCGCUUCAACGCGCUGCUCGCGGCCGCCUGCGCGGAGCUCCGGCGGCGCAUGGUGGACGCCGCGCUCGUCUUCGUCGACGUGUACGCCGCCAAGUACGACCUGGUGGCCAGCCACGCCGCGCACGGCAUCGCGCGGCCCCUCAUGGCGUGCUGCGGCUACGGCGGCCCGCCCUACAACUACCACCACUUCAAGGCCUGCAUGUCGGCGGAGAUGCAGCUCUGCGACGUCGGCGCGCGCUUCGCCAGCUGGGACGGCGUGCACUUCACCGAGGCCGCCAACGCCAUCGUCGCCGCCAAGCUGCUCACCGGCAACCACUCCACGCCCAGGGUCACCAUCGCCAGCCUCGUCAACGCGACGCUCCUGCCCAACAACGAUGGCUAGCUAGCUCGAUCUCGUUCGGUUUAAUUAAUUUUUUUGCCCAUGCAUGGCAAGUGAUGGUACAAAUAUGAUGGCCAAGAAUCAAGAUAUGAUUGCAGCGAGUUCGUGGAGAUCGACGAGCUGGUUCACCGUACCGCUGCUCAGGGUCGAGCUCGUUCAACAAAGGAGCAAUUCUGUGACACCAUUGAUUGUGUUGACUUAGAAGCAAAUGAUGGAAGGUGGCCCAACCUAUCUAGUGGUUUUGUGGGGAUUAUUGGCCUUCAGUUUGAGGCUUAAUUUGUACUACAUCAAACAUGAUAACAUACACAUGCAUGUGUGUAGAUACGAUCCACGGUUCUUUCCUUUUACUAAUUAAUGUCCUGAUGUUUGAUCAAGAAA